CGCUCAGCCCGGCCCAGGGGCGGCCGCAAGGGGCGGCGAGCCCGGCCCCGGCCCCGGCCCCGGCCCGCAGCACUGGCCCCGCCGCACAGCCGGCCCCACCGCCACCAGCACCGCCGCUACGAGGCCGGCCGGUGCUGGAGGCUCGUCCCCGGAGCUGGCUCGGCGGAGGAGAGCGGCCGGCCGGCAGGCAAGCUCUGAGGGCCAGAGGAGAGAGCUCUCAGGAUGCCAGAGCCAGCCAAGUCCACUUCUGCCCCCAAAAAGGGCUCCAAGAAAGCCGUGACGAAGACCCAGAAGAAGGGCGACAAGAAGCGGCACAAGAGCAGGAAGGAGAGCUACUCCAUCUACGUCUACAAGGUGCUGAAGCAGGUCCACCCCGACACCGGCAUCUCCUCCAAGGCCAUGGGCAUCAUGAACUCCUUCGUCAACGACAUCUUCGAGCGCAUCGCCGGCGAGGCGUCGCGCCUGGCGCACUACAACAAGCGCUCCACCAUCACCUCGCGGGAGAUCCAGACGGCCGUGCGCCUGCUGCUGCCGGGGGAGCUGGCCAAGCACGCCGUCUCUGAGGGCACCAAGGCUGUCACCAAGUACACGAGCUCCAAGUAGCCGGACACUGCCCCUCCGACGGGACCGUUGAGCACCGAACCCUCGGCGCAGGCGCAGGGAGGCAGCUACGACCCGGGUGAAUGUCACAGCUCUUCUCCGCGGCAAUGUACAGGCUUGGGACGGGCGCUGGGAGCUGUCGAGUGGAAGAGGAGACGGCGAGCUGGGUGUUGGCUCAUUUUCAUCGGGGCUUCGGGACGUGCUAUGGGUUCUGCACGCUGCACCUCAGGCGACGCUGGUGGAGGAGGCCUCUGCUUUCACAUCCCAUCUGAAGGACUGGCUGCACUAUAUCCAGAUUCUCCUCCGUGCUUGGAAACCAUGCAUGUGUGGCGCCAGCAGGGGAGGCUGCCCACUCCAGAGAUCCUGUCUCUGAAGUCUUCCUGGCUGCUUUCUUACCGUCAUCUGAAAUGGGCACCGGGGAGUCGGCGCUUGCAUCCCCUCUGGUAGCCCAGCCCCAGCCCGUUGUCCACAGCCCUCCUGUGCGGGCAGAGGUGGCACCGACAGCCACAGCCACAGUCCUCAGACCGAAAUCCAUGCGGAUCCAGCAGAGAUCUCUGCUCGGCAGCGGUGUGUGAGGCCUCUUUCAAGGUCACACCACACGCUGCUCCUCCUCCUCGCCCCUGACGGAGGAGGGAUGAGCAGGCUGGUGGCGCAGGCACGCGUGUCCUUGCCCACCGGGAUGCUGGAGCCACCAGCUGCCUCCCAGCUUGUGCCAAAGCAUACGGAUGGGCAAGGGGAGUGUGGGACCACCUCCUCCCGCUGCUGCUUUGCCUCCUCUAUGACCUACGUCAGUGUGCAAGACACCAAUGCUGCUGCUUUUUGGAGACUUUUUCUGCCUGUGCACUCCUGUUCGCUGUGAGGGUGGGCACGGCGGGGUGGUGUCCGAGGGGGGACGCUCGCUGCGGGCAGCUUGCCCUGCCCCUGCCUUCCCUGCUGCACUCAUCUGCUAGCAAGCAAAGCAAAAGCUGGGGCUGGGUGGAUAUGUAGGGACACUUAAAAUAUCACUGCAUCCCAGUGGUGUUUUAUGGGUUAAAUCCUUUUGAGCUAAUUCAGAUAUUCCCCUCCUCAAAGUCCACAGUAAGGUGAGCAAUAAGAAAACCCCAAUAAAAGCCAUAGAGAUUAGUGGAGGAAUGUCUCGGUUACAAGUUUAGCAUGCAGGGACUGCUGGAUAGCAGAGCAAAAGCAUGUGUAGAAGUGGUGUGAAGCUGAAGCUUCCUACUCAAAAUACAAAAUUAGCCAACAUUUUAAAAAAAUAUAUCAAAAUCUCCGGUGGGCUAUAGCACUUCAGAUCAAAAAUAUUCACGUCUUUAAAAUAACAACUGCUUUUUGCAACUUGUUCUGUAAAUAAAAAGGGCAGCAAAGACACAGCUUCCAGAACUAAGUGAAGGGUCUCUCCAAAAUCCAAGGCACCAUUUUUAAUCAUGUGAUAAAUUCCUACCCCCAGAUAACACCCUUGUCAUACACCUCUCCUUUUUUCCUACUUUGGUCUCCAUCUUACCCUUUGAGAGUGAUGGCGACCCUUGACAAAUUCACGUUGCUUUUGGAGAUGCAGAAUUCUGCUUUCAGCCACAUUUCAUACAGUAAUUGCAGCAGGAGUCACUAGUGAUAUCCUUCAGAAAGAGCAAAAGCCAGGUCUCAAGGUGGUGGCACCCACAAGAAGCAGCUCCCAGCAGCACCAUCUGGAUCUAGUAGCAGCAAUCUGCCAUCAGUCUGAACCAUUGGGCCAUCGUGCUUUGAAAGGGACAGCCUAGCACUUCACUUCCUUUUUAUUUAUUUAUUUAUUUAUUUUCUCAGUUAAAAAGUCAAAAUCAGAUACCAAAGAUGAAAAUGUUCCUGCACUGUCACACGUGCACUGCUGAGCCACUGUCAUUGUCCCACCAGAAACCAGAAAGCAGAGGAUGCAGAAGGGGAACACGUGAAGCAAAGCACUGCUCGGCGGCACUGAAGCUUUCUCCUCCGGUCCCUAGGAGCUGCAAGUCGCAAACCACCCCUCCCAGGGCUGCGCCUCAGUGCAGGAGCUGUUCAGUUCCAGCGAUGUGUGCACACCACGGCCCUGUCCCGCUCCUAGUCGCAGUGCUGCUCCCAUUCUCCUCCCUGUGCUGUGCCACAGUUGCCACUCCAUUUCUGGAGGCUGUUCCAGGGAGAGGAGAAGUGGCGAUUUAAGGCUGCAGAGAUACUUGAAGGCUUAAGGAGGGCGUUUGUGUUGAAGCCAGGUGACCGAGGCUGAUCAUCUCCAUCCAUUUAGAGGUUAGGCUGUCCUUUCACCCAUAAUUUGCUCUUCACUCUCCCUUUAUACCACUUUUUUUACUUGCCCCUGACAACAUGGAGAAGAGGAUUGAGGAACCGAUCGAGGUUAAAAUGAAUAAAUUAACUUUAUUUUUUACUUUUUUUUUUUUUUUUCCCUCUUGCAAGCUUCAUUUUAACCUUGUUCUGGUGUCUGGUCUGAUUUGUCCCAUGGACACUUGUGCCGGACAGGGGAGGGGCUGGUCCAGGAAAGGCAUCAGCUCGGACUGCCUCAAAAGCACUUGUGAAAUCAAUGACCUUAGUGUUAAAAGACACGUGAAAAAAGGAAAUCUGCAGCUCUUGCAGUCUGUGCAGGCUCACAGAUGACUUUGAUGGGAAUUAUUUUGACUGGGAUGGGCUUGGAUUGAGCCUUAAAAGUAGAGACAAUAGCAAAUGUUCUAAAAAUUCAAAGAUCAUAGUGUCAAUUUUCAAUUUAUUAAGCUGAGGUGUGACCUACUCCACAGAUCCCUGGCAAGGAGGGGUUCUGCAGGGAAGGGGGUUCAUACUUCAGGAUCGGUGCUUUUUCAAAAUACAUCUUUCCAGCUCUGGAACCGAUACAACAGUUGAACAACGAAGAUAAUACACCAAGCCGCCCUGACCCCACCUUAUUCCAACUGCAGCUCCAGAAGCAUUUCUGGGACAUUCCCAUGUCUUACCAAUAAAUAAAGUAAACAAAUCAGCUGCAGAUUGAAAGUUAGAAAAGGAAAUGGCAGAAGAAUAACACUGCAUUGAGACUAACCCUGUGUUAAUGGAGGUCAUUGCACUAAGCUACUUGUUUUCAUGUACAAUUUAGGAGAUAAAUUUUUCUGAUAGAUCUACUCGUGGUUUUCCAACCUGCUUCCCUAAAGCCCACCCGCCACUGCAGGUCUAAGCCCGCAGAAGAGCUGAGUGGCUGCGUGCUCGGUCUGGGGGUUUCCUCCCACUCAGGCCGGGUAGGUUUUGAGUCAAGCACGUGGAGAACACGAGUAGCAGCAGGCAGAGGACAAGUGCCCCUGACAAGUGCCAGGCAGCCCCGUGUCCCCGCGCCCCGCCACACCACGCCAAGCUUGGCAUGGCUUGUGCACAGCCCUGAGCCUUCGCCCCGUCAGCGCGCCCUCUGACAGUUUACAUCCAGAGCAAAUUGUUUACAGGGAAAGAAAGACUGUGAAAUGAACAAUAAAACUCACUUGCUACCAGGAUCCGGGGGAGUGCCCUCUGACUAGUGCCGGGGGGCAAUCUCUCCUGCUUGCUAGCUGUGCAUGGUAUCUUGUGGGCUUGCGUGCACAGAUCUUUUCCGAGAAUACGUGUUACAUGCUGUACGACCUAUGUUAUAUCACCAUUGUUUUAGGGCAUAUGUUACAGCUAAUUCUGUUUUCUGUUAAGUGUAUGAAUAAAACAUAAAUGCAGACCUGAUGGAAGUCAGGUGAGACGCA